CUGUGGAGUGACAUCACCAUCUUUGUUUACUAGCUGCAGUCAGAGUAGCCAGCUGCCUCCCUGUGUCUGUUUAAACACGUCCGCGUCAGUUGUUCUUGAGGGCUGCUGUUUAUCACACAGGGCGUGUAAUUUUACUGUUUGGGUAGUGGUUAGUUAGCUGCCUCUAAAACAUGUCGGCUAAUGGACCAGGACGUGGAGACGACUCCACAGACGCAAAGGCGGGCAAUGGACAAGGGUCAGAAGGGUCACCAUUUGCUCCCAUGGACGUGGAUGCCAAACCCCAGUCCCACAGCUUCAGAUACAGCCUGGAUUUCCCCUGCAUCGGCCAGUGCAUCAUCAUCAACAAUAAGAACUUUGACAAAAGAACAGGCAUGAAUCAGCGCAAUGGUACAGACGUAGAUGCUGCCAACGUGAUGAAAGUGUUUUGCAAGUUGGGUUACAAAGUGAAAGUUUUCAAUGACCAGACAGUCGAUCAGUUGAAAAAUGUUUUUACUACUGUGUCAAAGGAAGAUCACAGCUGCUUUGCCUCAUUCGUCUGUGUUCUGUUGAGUCAUGGAGAUGAGGGUGUGUUCUUUGGUACAGAUGGCUCAAUAGAGCUCAAGUACCUCACAUCACUGUUUCGAGGUGAUCGCUGCAAGUCACUGGUGGGAAAGCCCAAACUCUUCUUCAUCCAGGCUUGCAGAGGCACUGAUCUGGAUGCAGGCAUUGAAGCGGACAGCAGAGAUGAUGGCACUACCAAAAUCCCAGUGGAAGCUGACUUCCUCUACGCCUUCUCCACAGCCCCAGGCUACUACUCAUGGAGGAAUACUAUGACCGGGUCCUGGUUCAUCCAGUCACUGUGCGACAUGAUCAGCAAAUAUUGGAAAGAAUUGGAGGUCCUGCACAUCAUGACACGAGUCAACCACAAGGUGGCGGUAGAGUUUGAGUCUGUCUCCAACCAACCAGGUUUUGAUAAGAGGAAACAAAUCCCAUGCAUUGUGUCGAUGCUGACCAAAGAGAUGUAUUUUUCCCCUUGAUGUCGUCUCCACAUCCGAAGACUUCAGCCUGGCAGACCUUCAUCUGCAGAGGAAAGGCUUGGGCAUGUGUAUGGGAGGGUGGUGCGUUAUUUUAGUUUACACUUUCUGACCGAAUGGUUCUUGAAACUUCAGCGACAAUAUUUCUGGGAAAGCAUAUACAUUUCACAAGCUUGGGAUUAUAAGGUUCUCUCUGUGUUGGUGACUUUUUCUGAGAUAUAUGGCAUUAAAAUUUUUAUUCCAGCAGCAUGUCUUUUUACACAUUUUAAACAUAAAAUGAAAGCAUUUAAAGUUUGAAAAUCAAAAAGCAGAAAUUUAAUUGGCCUUGUAAUCUCAGGCUCACAGUUUGUUACCAGUAGAGGCCUCUUUGCUGUUUACAACAUACACAUUUCAGGGAAAAAUACCAGGUGCCAGUUUGAUAGGAAGUUUGACUUUAUGCAUUAGUUAAACCAUGAAACCAUAAAUGGGCUUACUGCCUACCAGCACCAACGUACUCAUGAGUCAUUAAGGGAUCGUGUGUCAUUUCUGUGCCUGUCUUUACAUUCUUCUUUUUUUCAUUUGUACCAGUUGAGUUGUGUAAUGGAUGCAUUACAUACACUCAGCAGAUAAAUUAAAUGAUAGUGUUGUGUAGUUUUAAGGCUAAGAAUUGAAUUUGUAAUGUUUUUGCAUUAUCUGUUUUCUACACAUGGAUUUCUGUUAAAUGAACUGCUGCCUGUGAGCAUCCUUAAAUUAACGGGGACACAAGCUCCUUCAUAGCAUGCAUGAGUAAAGCCAGCCAACCUGCACAACGCUGUUAUUUGAUGAGUUUGAUGUCUGUCUAUACUUAAACUCAACUUUAUAUUUCAUAUUUAGCUGUGUGAGUUCAUGUAUCUCUUGUGGAUUUUGAAAGACGUAACAGCAAAUUGGAAGCCUUUUUGCUUUGCUGUAGUAGUUACAGUCUUUUGCCUCUAAAAAUCAUUUUGAAUGCACUGCUGUGACACUGUCAGUCAAACUUUCAUAAGUAACCUCCAGCAUUGAGUCAUUUAUAACAAAGCACAAUUUGACAGUGUCACAAUUCAGGUCCUGGUCAUUUUAAAGUGAACUGACUGCUUUCAAUUACCAGAAAAUUUGCUAAAAUCAAUCACCCAGUUUAUUGUUAUAUGACAAUCGAGUUUUUAAGUCGUAUCAAUAUACUACAGUUUGCUAUGAACAUAACUCUUUGGAUUUUUUGGAAUAUCACUGUCUUGUAAGAAGCUGCCCUAUGGUGUAAUGUUUUCCCCCAAGAAUAAAGACCACUUUUCACCUCUC